CCGCCGCCGUCGGGCCCGCGCCGCGCAGCCCGCCUCAGGCGGGAGCGCGGGGCGGGAGCGGGAGGCCGGAGGCCGGGCCCAGGCCCGGGCAGCCCCCUCAGCCGCGCCGCCCUGGGCCGGCGCCCAGGUCCGAGCCGCCUUCCGCCCGCUCCCCACCCCACCUUCCCCCCCCUCCCCGCCCGCGGCCCCAGCCGGGUCCCGCCGCCAGGCCGGCUCCCGCCCCCGCUCCGCCCCCGGAGCCGCAGCCCCGCCCGCCACCGCCGUCGCCAUGUUGUGGCUCCCGCAGCCGGCGCUGGCGACGCGCGCGGCCGAGCCCGGGGCCUGCAGCCGCCGCCGCCGCCAGGUAGUGUUUGGAAACCAUGUGCCUAGGCAGAUGUUAUGCCUUUCUCCAUAGCUCCACACUCCCAGCAACGCUCACCACACCCUUGUUUUGAGAACCUCUCUGAGUCAGUCCAGGAGCAAUCUGCAGACGUGUAUUUGGAAGCCACUGGACCAGAUCAUUUCUGAGGUCCCCUUCAGCUCUAACAUCCUCCCCUGCCAGCAUCCAGCCAUGGGGGAUAUGAAAACUCCAGAUUUUGAUGACCUUCUGGCUGCCUUUGACAUCCCAGACCCCACCAGCCUUGAUGCCAAGGAGGCCAUCCAGACCCCCAGUGAGGACAAUGAGAGUCCCCUCAAACCCGCAGGCAUGUGUAUGGAUGAGAGCGUGUCCUUGUCUCACUCAGGAUCAGCCUCAGAUGUGCCGGCCGUGAGUGUCAUCGUCAAGAACACCAGCCGCCAGGAGUCGUUCGAAGCGGAGAAGGACCACAUCGCUCCCAGCCUCCUCCACAAUGGAUUCCGGGGCUCAGACCUGCCUCCAGAUCCCCACAACCUGGGUCACAACUGUGGGAAAUUUGAUUCAACUUUCAUGAAUGGAGACAGUGCCAGGAGUUUCCCCGGCAAGCUAGAACCUUCCAAGUCAGAGCCGUUACCGACCUUUAACCAGUUCAGUCCAAUCUCCAGCCCAGAACCUGAGGAUGCCAUCAAAGAUAAUGGGUUUGGAAUGAAGCCCAAGCACUCUGACGGUUAUUUUCCACCCCCUCCUGGGUGUGGGCCUGUGGGGGGCCCAGUCCUGGAGGCUCUGGCAAAGUUUCCGGUCCCAGAGCUGCAUAUGUUUGAUCACUUUUGUAAGAAAGAGCCCAAGCCAGAACCUCUGCCCUUGGGGAGUCAGCAGGAACACGAGCGAGGUGGGCAGAAGGUGGGGGAGCCUCACAAGGAGCUGGAUGCCAGUCGAUUCUUUGGGGAAGCUUUGGAAUUCAACAGCCACCCCAGCAACAGUAUUGGAGAGCCUAAGGGGCUUGCCCUGGAGCUCGGCACCUGCUCAUCAGUCCCCCCUAGGCAGCGUCUGAAGCCAGCUCAUUCCAAGCUGUCCUCUUGUGUCGCAGCCUUGGUGGCCCUGCAGGCCAAAAGAGUGGCCAGUGUCACCAAGGAGGAUCAGCCUGGCCACACAAAGGAACCCUCAGGGCCCACUAAAGAGGGCUCCAAAGGCAGCCCCAAAAUGCCCAAGUCACCAAAGAGUCCCCGGAGCCCCCUGGAGGCCACUAGAAAGAGUAUCAAGCCCUCGGACAGCCCUCGGAGCAUCUGCAGUGACAGCAGCAGCAAAGGCUCCCCUUCGGUGGCUGCCAGCUCCCCACCAGCAAUUCCCAAAGUCAGGAUCAAAACCAUUAAGACGUCAUCGGGGGAAAUCAAACGGACCGUCACGAGGAUCCUGCCGGACCCUGACGAUCCCAGUAAGUCCCCCGUUGGGUCCCCUCUAGGGAGCGCCGUUGCCGAGGCCCCGAGCGAGGUGCCAGAGGAUGAGGUCACGGCCUUGCCCGCGGUGGAGCGCUCUCCUGAGGCGGGCGCAAACGCCGGGAGCCCCCAGGGUGACAAGAAGGGGGACGAGAGCGCGCCGAAGGCCAGCGAAUCUUCGUCUUCCUGCUGCAGCUCCGGGUCUCGGGCCCCAAAGGGGGCUGCCCCCGGCCCGCAGACGGGCAGGAAGCAGCAGCAGAGCGCAGCGCCUCAGGCGUCCGCGCCGGCCCCCGCCAGCCUCCUGCCCAAGGCCGUGCACCUGGCCAACCUGAACCUGGUCCCCCACAGCGUCGCCGCGUCAGUCACGGCCAAGUCCUCCGCGCAGCGGCGGAGCCAGCCGCAGCUCACCCAGAUGUCCGUGCCCCUGGUCCACCAGGUGAAGAAGGCCGCCCCGCUGGCCGUGGAGGUCUUCAACAAGGUCCUCCACAGCUCCAACCCCGUGCCCCUCUACGCGCCCAAUCUCAGCCCGCCCGCGGACAGCAGGAUCCACGUGCCGGCCAGCGGGUACUGCUGCCUGGAGUGUGGGGACGCGUUUGCCUUAGAGAAGAGCCUGAGCCAGCACUACGGCCGGCGGAGCGUCCACAUCGAGGUGCUGUGCACGCUGUGCUCCCAGACGCUUCUCUUCUUCAACAAGUGCAGCCUGCUCCGGCACGCCCGCGACCACAAGAGCAAGGGGCUCGUCAUGCAGUGCUCACAGCUGCUCGUGAAGCCCAUCUCUGUGGACCAGAUGUUCGCGGCCGCCCCCGCGAACUCCCCGGCCCCGGCCGCCCCCGCCGCCCCCGCCGCCCCCGCUUCCCCCAAACACGGCCCGGCUCCGGGCGGUGCGGGCCCGGCCCUUCCGGCUCUGCCGCUCUACCCGGACCCCGUGAGGCUCAUCCGGCACGGGAUCAAGUGUCUCGAGUGUCACAGGCAGAUACGCGACUACAUGGCCAUGGCUGCGCAUUUCCAGAGAACGACGGAGGAGACCGAGGGGCUGACUUGCCAGGUGUGCCAGAUGCUGCUGCCCAACCAGUGCAGCUUCUGUGCCCACCAGCGGAUCCACGCCCACAAGUCCCCCUACUGCUGCCCGGAGUGCGGGGCCCUCUGUCGCUCGGCCUACUUCCAGACCCACGUGAAGGAGAACUGCUUGCACUAUGCCCGCAAGGUGGGCUACAGGUGCAUCCACUGCGGGGUCGUCCACCUGACCUUGGCCUUGCUGAAAAGCCACAUCCAGGAGCGACACUGCCAGGUUUUCCACAAAUGUGCAUUCUGCCCCAUGGCCUUCAAGACUGCCAGCAGCACCGCGGACCACAGCGCCUCUCAGCACCCCACCCAGCCCCACAGACCCUCCCAGCUCAUUUAUAAGUGCUCCUGUGAAAUGGUCUUCAACAAGAAGAGACACAUUCAGCAGCAUUUUUAUCAGAAUGCCAGCAAGACGCAGGUGGGCGUCUUCAAGUGCCCUGAGUGCCCACUGCUGUUCCUGCAGAAGCCGGAGUUGAUGCAGCACGUCAAGAGCACCCACGGUGUUCCCCGAAACGUGGACGAGCUGUCCAGCCUCCAGUCUUCGUCGGACACGGCCUCGAGCCGGCCUGGCUCUCGAGUUCCCACCAAGCCCCCGGCCGCCAGCGUGGCCGCUCGGGGCAGCUCCCUGCCCUCUGGCCGCUGGGGCAGGCCCGAGGCCCAUCGCAGGACCGAGGCCAGGCCCCGGCUGAGGAACACUGGCUGGACCUGCCAGGAGUGUCAGGAGUGGGUUCCUGAUCGGGAGAACUACGUGUCCCACAUGAAGAAGAGCCACGGUCGGACGUUGAAGCGGUACCCGUGUCGGCAGUGUGAGCAGUCCUUCCACACCCCCAACAGCCUGCGCAAACACAUCCGCAACAACCACGACACCGUGAAGAAAGUCUACACUUGCGGGUACUGCCCAGAGGACAGCCCCAGCUUUCCUCGGCCCUCCCUUCUGGAGAGCCAUAUCAGCCUUAUGCAUGGUAUCAGAAACCCUGAUUUGAGCCAGACGUCCAAAGUCAGACCUCCGGGUGCACAUUCCCCUCAGGUGAGCCAUCUGAAAAGACCGGGCAGCGGAGCCGGGGACGCUCCGGGCACCAGCAAUGGCGCGGCCGUCUCUUCCACCAAAAGGCACAAGUCCCUGUUCCAGUGUGCGAAAUGUAGCUUUGCCACAGACUCGGGGCUCGAGUUUCAGAGCCACAUACCUCAGCACCAGGCGGACAGCUCCACGGCCCAGUGUCUCCUCUGCGGCCUGUGCUACACCUCUGCCAGCUCCCUCAGCCGCCACCUCUACAUCGUCCACAAGGUGAGAGACCAGGAGGAGGAGGAGGAGGAGGAGGAGGAGGAGGACGCGGAGGCGGUGGCGGAGGCCGCGGAGGCCGCGGAGCCAGAGGAGGGCUCCGGGGAGGAAGUGUCCAUGGAGACCAGGGAGAACGGACUGGAAGAAGGUGCCGGAGAGCCUUUGUUGGGCGACACAGAGGCGAGGUCGCCAGGCCCGGCUCCUGAGGAGGACGGAGCCCAGGACGCUCAGAGUCAACCACAGGCCUCUCAGGACCAGGACAGCCACGCUCCGUCCCCUCAGGUGUGACCGGAGGUGUGGCAGCGUGCGUGGCCGGAGGGGUGCCCCGGGCGUCCUCCGUGUGCCAUGGGGACGGUGGGAGAUACGAGGCUCUGCCCCGGUGUGCCCUGGAGCAGUGCCCGCCCUGAGCUGUGGGGUCUGGGUGUCCCCCAGCCCCGGGCAGUGUGCGGUCACCCGGGACCCUGACAGCUCUGAAUUUGCUUCUGUUAUUUAUGGCUUUGUGCUGCUUCUUGGUACCCCAGCUCUUGUCUGUGUCCUUCCAACCCCAGGCCGCGUACGUGGCCCGGCCCCAGCGCCGUCGUCUUGGCCUGAAACCCCUGGGCGCUGUGCUCUUCCGGGAGGUCCCCGCCCGCUGCCUGCAGCCAGGGCUCUCCUGGGAGCUCUCGCGGGCUGCAGACGGGCCGCUCUGCUUCCUGCCAGCGGAGCCGGAGAAGGGGGUGAGGCUGCCGGCGCGGUCCUUCCUGGGGAGCUCCGCCCGGGCUGGCCUGCGGAGGGCCCUCAAUCACCCUGCCCUUCCUUCCUGUCUUCUCGGAUUCUUUUCCCCCCAAAACGGUCCUGGAGAAUUGUCACCCGGGCCCCUCCUGUCUGUGCGGGUGGGAGAAGGUUGUGCAGCACACUGGUGUUUGGACCCCGGGAGGGCAGGCGCCGCGGCCCAGGCAGGCAGGCACCGAGAGGCACACCCCCUUCAGAAGGAGCCGUGCGCCCCUGUUCUGCUGCUGUUCCGCCUUUCCUGACAACUGGGCUUGGGGGUACACGGACACUGGGAUCUUUGUACUCUCGCUCCUGUGCCAUUAGAGAGGCCGCCGCUCCGGCAGGCCGGCCCCUCCUCCUCCUGGCUAUACUCAUGUUGCUCAGACUAUAUUUCAAAUAAAAACUCUUCUUACCAUGCA